AUGGUUGAUUCAGUCUGUCUCUGUGUCUUUCCUUUUUAUCUAUCUCUCCUUCUCUUUUUCUGUGUCUGUCGCUCUCCUUUUCUCUGUUUGUAUCUGUCUCUCUUUCUUUUCUUCUAUCUCUCUUUUUCCUCGUUCUUUCUACCUUCUUUUUCUUCCUCUCGCUCUCUCUUUUCUUCUCUCUUUUCUUCUUCUCUCUCGCUUUUUCUUAUCUUCUAUCUCUUUUUUCUUCUCUCUCUUUCUUCUCUCUCUUUCUUCUCUCUCUUUUUCUUUUACUUCUCUGUUACUUCUCUGUUUCUUCUCUGUUUCUUCUCUCUUUUUCUUUUUCUCUUUCUCUUUCUCUCUUUUUCUUUUACUUUUCUGUUUUUGUCUCUUUUUUCUCUCUCUUUUUCUUCUGUCCUUCUUUACUCUCUUUCUUUUUCUUCUCUCUCUUGUUCCUUUACUUCUUUCUCUGUUUCUUUGUUUCUUCUCUCUCUUUUUCUUUUUUCUUUUCUUCUCUCUCUCUCUUCUCUCUCUCUCUUUUUCUUGUGUCCUUCUUCACUCUCUUUCUUUUUCUUCUCUCUUUGUCACUUGUUUUUUACUUCUCUAUCUGUUUAUCUGUUUCUUCUUUCUCUUUUUCUUCUCUUUUUCUUUCUGUCUCUUUUUCUUCUCUCCCUUUCUUUUUCUUUUGUCUCUUUUCCCUCUCUCUUUUUUCCUCUCUCUUUCUCUUUUUCUUUUCUUUCUCUAUCUCUCUUGUUUUCUUACUCUUCUCUCGGUGAAUGA